UUCCGGUCGCCUCGCGCGGGGCGCCGUGAGGCGGUCGUGGGCCGCCCAGCGCCCCUCUGCCGGCCGGCGGUUGGAGGCCGCGGCGGCUGCGCGGUAAGGCGCUUCCUGCCGUAGGACCUGAGCUUUUUUUUUCCCCCGGUUUCGGGACGGGCGCUCUGCAGCUGAGAUCCCGGGCCGGGGCUUGCUGUUCACCGUCACGGGACGUCCUUGGGGAGUACGAGGACAAUGUUGCAAGGAAUAGCAAGGCUUGCCUGCAGGGUCCACAAGAUAGAACCUGGGCGUAUGGUGCAUGUGGGGACCUGCGCAUCCCGGAACAUUGCUGCCCACCUAGAUGACCAGGUUCCAGUUGAAAGUCCCAGAGCUAUUUGCCGCACCAACGAAAGUGAUCCGGCCAAGCAUGGGGAGCAGCAGGAGGCUCAGCACUACAGCCUUCCUCUCCAGGACGUGAGGACCGUCUUUCCCCAGGGGCUGCCGCCUCGCUUCGCCAUGCAGGUGAAGACCUUUGGUGAAGCUUGCUUGAUGGUGAGGAAACCAGCUCUAGAGCUUCUACAUUACCUGAAAAACACCAAUUUUGCUCACCCCGCUGUACGAUACCUUCUCUAUGGAGAGAAGGGAACAGGAAAAACGCUCAGUCUCUGCCAUGUGAUUCAUUUCUGUGCAAAACAGGACUGGCUGAUCGUGCAUGUUCCAGAUGCUCAUCUUUGGGUGAAAAAUUCCCCGGAUCUUUUGCAGUCCACCUACAACAGGAAGCGCUUGGAUCAACCUUUAGAAGCUUCAACUUGGCUGAAGAAUUUCAAAACUGUCAAUGAGCGUUUCCUGAGCCAGAUCAAAGUUCAAGAGAAGUACCUCUGGAGUAAGAGGGAAAGCGUGGAGAAAGGCAGUCCUCUGGGCCAAGUCGUGGAGCAGGGCCUCACACGUGUGAAGAACGCCACAGACGCCGUGGGCAUCGUGCUGAAAGAGCUAAAGAAGCAGAGUUCUUUGGGUCUCUUUCACCUCCUCGUGGCUGUGGAUGGAGUCAACGCUCUCUGGGGCAGGACCACAUUAAAGAGAGAAGAUAAAAACCAGAUUGCCCCAGAAGAACUAGCCCUCAUUCACAACCUGCGGAAAAUGAUGAGAAACGACUGGACUGGAGGUGCCAUUGUGUUGACCUUGAGCCAGACUGGCUCUCUCUUUAAGCCCCGGAAUGCCUAUCUACCACAAGAGUUGCUAGGAAAGGAAGGAUUCGAUGCCUUGGACCCCUUUAUUCCCAUCUUGGUUAACAACUAUAACCCGAAGGAAUUUGAAAGCUGUAUUCAGUAUUACUUGGAGAACAGUUGGCUUCAGCAUGAGAAAGCCCACACGGAGGACGGGAAACAGGAGCUGCUAUUCUUGAGCCACGCAAACCCCGGGCAGCUGGAACGGCUCUGUGCCUAUCUCUGAGCGCGUGGGGCCACAGUGGGCCUCACCGUUCAGCAGGAACCAGUCGGGAGGACAGCCUGAAGCACCUGGCAAGAGUAGCCUGGCCCUUGCUGAAAUGCUUGCAGUGGCUGGCAGCUGGCUCCGGGUCAGCCUGGAACCAGGCUCCCUGCAGGGGACUGUGAGUAUGUGGCUAGCAGCUGGCCGCCUGACCCUGAAACCAGUAUCGGUUCAUUGACUGGUUUUCACAUUCAACAUAAAUCGUGGAUAAUUUCCUUUUAAAAACAAAAAAAAAAGGUAAAUAUUUUUCUUAAA